UCUGAAAACCUGUUAAGUGUGCAGAAGUGUAGAAAGGAACCCGAGGGGGGCACGGCCGAUGGCCGAGCACACCUGGCUGCUCCCUGCAGGGAGGGCGCGCAGGGGUUAACGCGCCGGGGGCGGGGGCAGCCGGCCGGGCCCCGCCGAGCCGAGCCGAGCCGAGCCGAGCCGAGCCGAGCCGAGCCGAGCCGAGCCGAGCCGAGCCGCGGCUCUCAAUGGGAGCGGGCCGGCGGCGGGGCUGCGCUCGGCCGUGCCGCGGGCAUGGCGCAGCUCAAUGACCUGCCCGACCACUCUCCGCGGGUGCGCGGCGCCGUGUGCGAGCUGCGGCGGCGGGCGGAGGCAGAGCCCGGCCAGCGCUGGCCGCAGCCGCUCUCCGAUGCCUUCCUGGUGCGCUUCCUGCGCGCCCGAGACUUCCACCUGGACCUGGCCUGGAGGUUAUUGAAGAAUUAUCAGAAGUGGAGAAUUGAAUGCCCAGAAAUAAGUGCAGAUUUACAACCAUCUUCUGUUCUUGGUCUUUUGCAAGCUGGCUAUCACGGAGUCCUAAGGUCAAGAGACCCACAUGGAAGCAAAGUUCUAAUAUACAGAAUUGGACAAUGGGAUCCCAGUUUAUUUACAGCAUAUGAUGUGUUUCGUGUCAGUCUCAUCACAUCUGAGCUCAUUGUAAAGGAGACCGAGACCCAGCGGAAUGGAGUCAAGGCCAUCUUUGACCUCCAAGGGUGGAGAUUUGCUCAUGCUUUCCAAAUCAGUCCAGCAGUGGCCAAGAAAAUUGCUGCAGUUCUCACAGAUUCCUUUCCACUGAAAGUUCGAGGUAUCCACUUGAUUAAUGAGCCUUUAUUCUUCCACCCAGUCUUCGCUCUAAUUAAGCCUUUUCUCACUGAAAAAAUAAAGCAGCGGGUGUACAUGCAUGGGAGUAACUACUUGCAGAGUCUGACCGAACACUUCCCUGCCAGCAUUCUCCCCCAGGAAUAUGGAGGGGAGGAAGUUUCCAUUGAAGAGCUGGCCAAGGAAUGGACUGACUUCAUAAUGGCAUCUUCAGAUUAUCUUCAGAGCAUUUCUCUGGUUGCCUGGGAAUAACCUUAAUACAGUAUUUUAUCAAUUCUUGAACACUGGAAUUAGAAAUAAGUUUAAUAUGAAAACUUGCAUUGUGAAUGAAACCAGUAUGUCUUUGCAGGGCACUCACUGAAUGUUAUAUUGGCUGCACUUUGAUACUAACUGGAGUCUAUCAGUUUGUAUGUCUCAAGAGAUCAAUGAAUUUUACAUAUUUGUCACACUCUGUAAUUGAGUGACUUGGUGUGCAGAAAGCUGAAGAGUGCAUUGGAUAUCAGAUUGAUGCUGCUGCUGUUAGGUCUUUGGAGACAGCUCACCUGUAAUCAUGCAGCUUAGAACCUUUCCUUUAGCUCUUGUAUCUUUUCUUAUCAAGACAAUAGGAUGCAAAACCAGGAAUAGACUGUGGUAGGAUAGAGUAGUUUGUUGCAGAAGAAGGACCACAAGGCUAAUUUACUAGGAGUGAAGAGGCUGCUUUUUUUGGAUUGAUUCUCAGGGAAAAAUGCUGUUUUGUUAGUUUGUGUCAAAAUGAAAAUUAGUCAGGAAUAGUGAGACAUUUGUGUUACACUUCGUGCUGCUUGUGCAGCUUCCCUUUUUGUGCUAAUUAACAGAGUGAUCUUCACGAUUUAUAGAGAAAACACCAGCCACAUAUUCUUCAAAGGACAGUGUGAAUGAGGAGGAGGAGCUGGUAAGAGUCAAAACAACCUUGAAAAUUUUUAUUUUCUUUCUUCAAAGUAAUACUGUCUAUGGCCAACUAUAAGCAACUCAGAUUAUUAUCGUUCAAUACCUAGUGUAGAGGACUAGAGAGGUCAAAAGUUUUCAGCUGCUUGCAUUAUCUGUUUGUUUCAGGGGGUAAAGUAGGUUAUCCUUUGCAGAUCUGAACUUGAGAAAUAUCUGUUGUAUGCUUUAAGGGGGCUUUGAGGUCACUGUGGACCUCAGCAUAGAAGAUGCUUGGUAUUGUCAUUUUAUUUUCAGUACUGUAAUUGACAACUUGCCAGCCUAUUUGCUGCUGGGCCCUGGAAGAAAUUAUUUUUAAUUUCCAUUGAGACCACAUCUUCAUUUCUGUAGGAGUAGGUAAUAAAAAAAAGCAACAACCAAUCUCCAUACUUACUGAAAACAGGUUUUUGUUUUGUUUUGAAGUGGUAUUGUUGACAUAUGAACAGCAUGUGCAAAAGCUAUCACUCACACUACAUAGCAGUAUCUUGCUGUAAUCCCCUGUAUUUAGUAAUCUCAACCAUUAUUUUACUUUUCUCUCAGCUUUUUCCUAAAAUCUGUUAGUAUACCAGUUGCUGGAGUUAAUUUACCCAGUUCUUAACUCUGUUUUGUUCUUGCAUAAGCACUAUAUAUUUAAGCAUUCCAUAUGAAUUUUCGUAUAAAUAAAUCCAUAAAAAAAUGUUUUUAUCUCAGGUAGCUAGAAGUUAUAAAUAAAUAACUUCAGUUAUUGUGUAAUCUUUAGGACUUUGGGAUGGUAUAUAUAGGCAUGGGGACAAAAGUGAAACUAUCCUAUUAUAUUAGAAAUGUCUUACUUUAGGUUAUGAUUAAUAAGGCAUUAUUGCAAGAGUCAUUGGAAACUUCUUUAUUAGCAAGAGGAACAUCUAUGAAAAAUCCAUUAGAGUACUUGUUAGUUAUAGUUUCUUCUGCUGUGGUAAGAUCAGUGGUAAAAUCAAUGGCAGAAAUUUUUUCAAAACUGACAACUUGUUUUUCCAAUUUCCAAAUUUCCUCAAGUGCCUUUUCCAUUCUUCUCUUUCAAAAUAUUUUUGAUAUGGGAGUCUAAAUUUAAAGAAACCUCUUUCAGUUAUAUAAUUCUAUGAAAAUGUAUUUAAUAGAUAUUUCUUUUUCUCAGAUUGAACUAUUUUGCAAUACAAAAGCUCCUUAAAUAGAGGAGUUCAAUGAACUGCAAAUUCUUCUUUAUAAGAAAAUAGACUAAGUAGUCAGGUAUCUGGCAAUUGUUCAAGUGUGUAACUCAAGUUCCAAGUAAUUUACCAGCUCAAGAAUCGAAACUAUUGUCUUAAAAUUGCAGUCCUUCAAUUUUAAUCCGUGAAUGUAAGCUACACAAAAGAAUGAACCAUGUUUCAGUGAACAAGAAAAUUUAAAAAUUUUAAACUUUUCCUAUGAAAUCAAUCUCUGCUACUGGUUUAUGUAGCAGAAACCUCAUUUAAUUGCAUAUGUAUGUGCAUAUGCAUAUUUAGCUGGGCUUUUUAAUCCUUAUUUGGACUUCACCAGCUCAAUGAAUAUAAAGUCCUAAAUGUCUUCAAAAAUAUCCUGAUGCUGUCAUUGAGUGGUAGCGUGUUUGCAUGACUCAACAGUUAGAGCACUGAGUGCAGUUAUUUUUUCCUGAACUGUUAAUUAUUUUGUAAUGUUUACAUAAUAUAUAGGAGGUGGGAACUCUUAAUUGCCACUGCUGCUAAUAAUAAGGACACAAGAUAAUUGGAACAUUUACAUAAUGAAUAGUGGAGAUGUUGGCAUGAUGCGCGGUGGCGUUGCAGCUUUGAGCAGCAGUCAACAAAACAAAGAUCCCUAAGUGCAUUAUUCUUUAUAAACAUCGGGAGUGCCUCUAAAGAAACUAAAGUUCCUGUUAAACGGUGCAAAUAUAAUUUACUACUGACUGUAAGCGCGAUGUGAUGCACAAUUUUUAAGAUUUCUCUACUUUUUUUUUAAUGUAUUAACAUAUGUUUUAAUUAAUAAACCCCUUCUGGUUGAA